CGGCGGCAAUGAAAACAUCAACUUUUGGCGGUGCAGGUUUUGGCGCUGAGGAGUCUGAUAUUUGAAGAUGCGCCUGAUUUGAAAUCAGUGCUCAAAAUGCUGGCGAGGCUUGGACCAGCGAUGCUUCGUUCUCUUCACCCCCGACGUCGCCUACCACUCUUUUCCCUUGCGCAGUUCGCGAAAACAAACCCGGCAUUGCGCAGCAUGGCACGGCUCCCUGGUCGAACGGCCUCCAUGAACCAUUCCUUUGUUAAACUGCACUCCACGAUGAGUGAAAAGAGCCGAAGUCCUCCGUUCCACAAUCGAGAAAUGUUUGCCUAUACUUCCGGUCGCUAUCUUUACAAUGAGAAACGUCGAAUGGCUGAACGAUAUGUUGAGUUCAACAUUGACGCGCUUCAGAAGGUUGCGGCUCAGAGCGUUAACCGGGAAAGCGUUGCGCAUAUGCGGAAACUUGCAGAAGGCGGCUUCAACAGAGUCUUACUGUUGACCAUGAACGAUGGUCUUGAGGUCAUCGUCAAGAUCCCGUACUCUAUUGCAGAGCCGAAGAAACUUGCAACGGAGAGUGAAGUUGCAACACUAGACUUUCUACGUUCGAAAGGGAUACCUGUGCCCAGAGUUUACGCUUAUUCCUCUGAAACAAAUAACGAAGUCGGGAGCGAAUAUAUUAUUAUGGAGAAGGCCGCUGGUCAGCCUUUGGAAGCACGCUGGUUCAACCUUACAACCAAGGAACAAACCCACCUGGUAACAAGUUACGUGGAUAUUGAACGGAAGCUAUUUUCCAUUCCUUUUAGCUGUUACGGCAGCAUCUACUACAAGAGAGCUUUGCCUCGGGAACAACAGGCAGAUCUUUAUGCACCAGGCACUGAGGACAACGAUGGUGAUGCUAGCCGAUUUUGCAUUGGUCCCACGGCAGAUUAUAUGUAUUGGCGCGGAAAACGAGCACAGCUUGAGAUAAGCCGGGGCCCUUGGAAGGAUCAUCGCGACUACCUUCGCUCCACCGGUUUGAAGGAAAGAGACUUGACGAUGAAAUUUGGAAAACCGAAAAUCAACGAAUUUCCUCACAACACUGUCUUGAAAGGGGAAAUUCCCCCAAACAAGUAUGUCGAUUUGCUCAACAAGUAUUUGACCAUCUCCCAAUACCUCUUGCCAGAAGAUGGUGCACACGUCGUGAAUCGCCCUAUAUUGCGUCAUCCGGAUUUGAAUCCGACCAACAUCUAUGUGACCGGAACAUGCGACGUAUCAUGUAUCCUGGAUUGGCAACACACGACCAUCCUUCCUCUGUUGAUGGCGGCUGGAAACCCACCAGCGUUCGAAAACCCGGACCCAGAGCCACCGAAGGAUUACUCCAAGCCCUUGCUUCCGGAAGACUACGAGUCUCUCGACGCUGAAGCGAAAUCCCAAGCUGACGAACUUCAUCGAAGGCGAAUGCUCUUCUAUCUGUACAUGAUCUUCAAUGGAAAGGACAACAAGCCACACCUUAACGCCAUGCGAUAUCCAGGAAUGAUGCUUAUUCAACACCUCGUGGAUCGGGCAGGGCGUCCUUGGACUGGGAACAUCGUGACGCUCAAGGGCGCUCUUAUCAGAGUAAUCAAUCACUGGCCUGUCCUGAUGUCGACUCGAACGCAGAGACAUCCCUGCCCCAUCCAGUUUGACACCAAAGAUGAAGAGGAAUUCUAUGAUCUUGAGGAAAAGUGGUUCAAAUUCAAUAUGCUUGUGGAAUACUGGCGGUCGCUGCUGGAUGAUGUUGGUCAGGAUGGAUGGGUUAGGAAUGAUUCAUUCGAGAAAGUUGUUGAGGCUAAUCAACAGCUGAGGAAACAGUGGAUUGAUGAGGCCGAAGAUGAAGAGGACCUUGCUUGUGUUGAGAGUGGUUGGCCAUUUCAGGAUCAUGAGGAGGAUGAUUAGCUGCUACUAUCAGUAGCUUACUCCAUUCAUGUUAACGAUGAAAUGGGAUGCCGUCGAAAAUAGGCCGGGAGUGGUUCUGCAGCCAUCACAGCUUUAUCCAAAGGCUUAUGCAUGUACGACAACAAUAUAUGUCCU